AUGAUAUGCCUUAGAAGAAGAGUCUCUUAGUUUAUCAUAGUAAGGUCCUACAUACUAUUAAACAUACUUUUUAGAGUCAUAAAAUUUAUAAAUUGCACAUAUUGGUAAGUUCAUAGUGUAGUUUUCAAUAAUAUUUGUAUAUUCUACUCCUCCAAAAAUACAUUAGCAACUUAUUGGUCCUAAUUAACUAGCCAGAUCCAUAAAAUUACCACCUUUAAAAUAUGUCAUACCUAUCUUUAGGUCAUCUUUAAUGGGAUUAUUACAGUAGGAGAUUUACAAGUUAUUUUAUUUAGGUUACACAAAACAUUCCUAGUAAGAAUUAAAAGCAGAAGCGUAUAAAUCCUCACAGACAAAGGCUCUCUAUUCUUUAAAAGUAUUCUUGACUUCAGAAACAAUCUUAGUUUUUUAGCAAAUCAAAUUGGCGUUUUACCAGUCUUAGUUUGCAUAUUUAUCUAAAUUAUCUAGCGAUAAUUAACAAUAUUUUUUACCUAUUUUAAGAGGAUAUCCUAACUCUCCACAUAUGUAAAUUUUUUCUAAUUCAUCAUAAAAAUCACAAGAAGUGUCAUAAAUCUUGCUUUCUAAUUCUUAGAUUGA